GAGAGACGGAGGAGCAGCAGCGGCAGCAGCAGCAGACGCGCUUCGCAGCGCUCCGUCGGUAUGUCUCGAUCCGUUCUCCGCCCGUUAGUAUGACCACAUGCGGGCCAAGUUGACUCGCGUCGCCUGCGCGUCGACGACAGCGUUGCGUACCAGAGGAAAACAUGGACGAGUCGUCGCUGCUGGAUCUGCUGGAGUGCUCUGUGUGUCUGGAGCGGCUGGACACGAGCGCCAAAGUGCUGCCCUGUCAGCACACCUUCUGCCGCCGCUGCCUGGAGAACAUCGUGAGCUCCAGACACGAGCUGCGCUGCCCGGAGUGCCGCAUCCUGGUGGACUGCGCGGUCGACGAUCUGCCCGCCAACAUCCUGCUGGUGCGACUGCUGGACGGGAUUAAACAGCGACCGAGGAACGGAGGAGGGAGACCGUCGCUGGCGGGAUGCGCGACCGGCGUGUCGGCUUCGCCCCCGGGGACAGCGGUGCGGGAUCUGCCCGUCGCCACACGGAGCUCCCCGGUCAAGAACGUUCCUCAGCUGCCGUGUGGGAAAGCGCUUUACAGCUAUGAGGGCAAAGAACCGGGCGACCUGAAGUUCAGCAAAGGCGACAUCAUCAUCCUGCGGCGGAAGGUGGAUGAGAACUGGUUCCACGGGGAGCUGAACGGCAGCCACGGCUUCCUGCCGGCCAGUUACAUCCAGUGCAUCCGACCACUGUCCCAGACGCCGCCGCAGGGGAAAGCGCUCUACGACUUUGAGGUCAAAGACAAAGACCAGGACAAAGACUGUCUGACCUUCACUAAGGACGAGAUUCUCACCGUCAUACGGAGAGUGGACGAUAACUGGGCAGAAGGCAUGCUGGGAGAUAAGAUCGGGAUUUUUCCUAUCUUAUACGUGGAGCUGAAUGAAACGGCGAAGCAGCUGAUGGAGAUGGACAAACCGGCCGCGGUUCCGGGUCCGAGCGCGGAGCCCGCGCCGCCCGCCGCCGUCAGCUGUAACGGGAACGGCGUGCACCGACACGCGGAGGGGAAGAAAAACGCCAAGAAGCGUCACUCGUUCACGGCGCUCAGCAUGACGCAGCGCUCGGCGCAGGUGAUGGGAAACAACCGGCACUCCAUGGAGAUCAGCGCGCCCGUGCUCAUCAGCUCAUCCGACCCGCGCGCCGCCGCACGCAUCGCAGACUGCCCGCACCUGUCCUCCAGCACGCCCGCCACACAGGACUCUUCAGUCGCAGCAAACGCAGGAGCUUCGGUCCCGCCGCCGCGCGCCUCGUCAACGACCGGAGAGCUGCUCGCCGCGGCUAAAGUCCAGCUGCCUCUCAACAUAUAUCUGGCCAUGUACGCUUACAAACCGCAGAAGGCGGACGAGCUGGAGCUGCGUAAGGGCGAGAUGUACCGCGUGAUGGAGAAGUGUCAGGACGGCUGGUUCAAAGGCACGUCGCUGCGCACCGGAGGGUCUGGAGUUUUCCCAGGGAACUACGUCACGCCCGUCUCCAGGGCUCCGUUCGCCGUCGGUCAGACGCGCUCGUGUCUCUCUGGAGCGGCUCAGGCGAAGGCUCCCGGUUCCCCGAGCUCCGCCGGUCCGUCCAGUCCGGUCCUGAUGGCGUCCGCGUCCGCGUCCCGUUCCGGCACGCCGCUCACCAGCCCGUCGUCCCCGCAGCUGCAGCCCGCAGCCGUGCAUCUGAAGAACUGCCUGCGCUUGUCCAGCCAGCAGACCGUCAAUCAGGCCCGAUCCGCCAUGCAGCUGGUCCACAGUCCUCCGGCGAGCAGCAGCAGUCCCGAGCGUCCCACCGCAGCCGUGACGCCGCUGCGACCGCAGGCCAGUCCGUCCCGCUCCCCAGCGCGGCCCCUGUCCAUGGCUGCGGGCCCUCAGUCUCACCCCGCCUCCGUCCGGCCCCUGAUGCCCCUGAGCUCCGCCGCCGCCGCCAUCACGCCUCCCAACGUCAGCGCCGCGCAUCUCAACGGAGCCGAGCUGCAGCCGUCCUCACCCGCACACGCACACGCAGGCCUGCACAAACUCGACGACAAGAAGGUGGAGAAGAAAGAGAAGAAGAGCAGCGGUCUCCUCAAGCUGCUUUCUGGAGCCGCAGCCAAAAAGAAGUCCCGCUCGCCGCCGUCCGUCUCUCCGACGCACGAGCCCUCCUCGUCCUCCUCGGUUCAGGGGGCGAUGGCUCCUGAGCUGCGGUCGGCCGGCGGUCACGGACGGGCCGGGUCGUGUCCCAUCGAGAGCGAGAUGCAGGGUGCGAUGGGCAUGGAGCCGCUGCACAGGAAGUCCGGAUCGCUGGACCUCAACUUCUCUGUGUCUCCGCCGACACGGCAGCCCUGCUCGUCCUCACCGCUGGCCGUCCGGCCCGAACCCAAGCCAUUAUCCCGAGAGAGGUACCGCGUGGUCGUCCCGUACCCGCCGCAGAGCGAAGCAGAGAUCGAGCUGAAGGAGGGCGACAUCGUGUUCGUGCAUAAGAAACGUGAAGACGGCUGGUACAAAGGGACGCUUCAGCGCACGGGCCGGACGGGCCUGUUCCCCGGCAGCUUCGUGGAGAGCUUCUAGAUGAGCAACACCAGCCAACGAGCUCCUGAGACCCGGAAUAUCUCACAGAAGAAUCUCCGUGGGUCUCCUGAUGAAGACGAGCACAAAAACGAGCAUCUCUACUGCCAUCGUCCUCACAGAUCCGUCAGGAAGGCCUUUCACAUGACAGAUCAGGCUCAGAUGGCGUCUUCAUCUGGAGGAAAACGCAUGUGUGAGUCUGCGGCGCCCUCUAGUGCGUGUACAUCGCAUCGUGUGACGUUUCCUCCGUGAAGCUCCAUCGGAUCCUGACAGAAGCUCAGAGACGUUGGGAAAUGAUUCCUGCAGCUGCUCCUUCAAACCGGUUCAUCCUCACGUUCCCGUGUGAGAUCUCGUGUUCGGCGCUUUUGUUUCCUUCGGUACCUUAAUCGGCAGAUCUGAAUGAUGACGACACAACGAGGAUGUUAUUUAUAGCAUAUGAUGAUGAGAUGUGAAUGUAGGGAGUGAGGAAUCUCAAAAAAAACCUGCUGAGAGUGUCAUAUUUCACACCAAAAUCAAGAGAAAAAAAAAGCAUUAAAAUUUAAUUAAAAUUAUCAAAACUAUUAUUAAUUCUUUUUUGCAUAAAGCAAUUAAAGACUAUUUUUAGGACCCAUUAAGAUUUUUUGCAUAAUUUUUUAUUAUUUUCCCACUAGAUUCUCAUUGCUAUAAAACAUAAUAUAUUAUUUAAAUGGUAAAAUAUUAAUACUGCAAGUUA